AUGUCAUUACCCGUAAAAGUUCUGACUUUUAAAGUGACCCGAAAAAACCCGGAGCUUCUCCGGCCAGCAAAGCCCACACCCCACGAAUUCAAGUCUCUAUCCGACAUAGACGAUCAAGAGGGCCUCCGUUUCCAUGCACCUUUCAUGCAGUUCUACCGUAAAAGCCCAUCCAUGGAAGGAAAGGACCCGGUCGGGUUUAUUCGGGCGGCUGUCUCAAGGGCGUUGGUUUACUAUUACCCAUUGGCCGGACGGCUGAGAGAGGUCACCGGCAGGAAACUGGUGGUGGAGUGCACCGGUGAGGGAGUUUUGUUCAUCGAGGCUGAUGCUGACGUGUCGCUUGCGGAGUUUGGAGUCAGCCCUCAGCCGCCGUUCAAUUGCUUUGAAGAGCUGCUUUACGAUGUCCCAGACUCUGGCCCAGGCUCUGGCGGCGUCACCGGUUGUCCGUUGAUACUAAUUCAGGUCACUCGACUCAAAUGUGGAGGGUUCAUCUUCGGCAUCCGCUUUAGCCACACCAUUGCCGAUGGCAAGGGUCUCGUCCAGUUUAUGUCGGCCAUCGGUGAGCUAGCCCUAGGGGCCCAUUGCCCCUCCAUCCUCCAAGUUUGGGGGAGACAUCUCCUCAGCGCGCGAGACCCACCUCGAGUCACCUGCGUGCACCACGAGUACGACACCUUGCCCGGCGGAGAUUCUAUCCCAGUCCACAACCUCGUGCAACGCUCCUUCUUCUUUGGGCCAGCCGAGAUCUUAGCCCUCCGUAGUGGCCUCAACUACAGGUGCUCCACAUUCGACAUCCUCACGGCUUGCCUUUGGCGGUGCCGUACGGCAGCAGUCUCUACCGACCCCCGCCAGGUGUUCCGGGUAGGUUGCAUGGUGAACUGCCGAAAGAGUUUUGACCCACCACUUCCUGAAGACUACUAUGGCAAUGUCGUGGUCUGGCCAGCGGCGGUCUCCACUGCCGGAGAUUUAUCUGACAACCCAUUGGAAUAUGCGGUGGAGCUUGUGAAGAGGGCCAAAUUGGAGGCGACCGAGGAGUACGUGAGGUCAGUGGCAGAUCGAAUGGUCAAGAGUGGUCGGCCUCAUUACUCAAUGGUUAGGACUCUUAUUGUUUCCGAUUUGACUGCCUUAGGCAUUGAGAAAGUUGAUUACGGGUGGGGCCACCCAAUAUACGGCGGUAAUCCAGUACCUGGAAAUGCAGGAUUUCCCGCAGUGAGCUUUUACACCCCGUGGAAGAAUAGUGAGGGACAAAAGGGGAUAUUGGUCCCCAUGGCUUUACCAAAGAAUUCCAUGGAAGUAUUUUCUAAUGAGCUUAAGGUGUUGGUGAAAGGGAAUGGUGAUGAUUUGGAGGGGGCUGGUCAGGACACCAAGGCUUUCAUCAAGUCCGAGCUGUGA